AUCCGGGUACACCUAGCCGCCUAGGUGUAGCUAACAAAGUUGCACCCUGUUAUGUGCCACAAUGUCUUUUACUGUCAUUUUAAUUAGAAUAUUAACUCACUGUCAUUAAACUAUCAUUACAUAUAAUAUCAGGAAGCAACAAACCCAUGAUUGCUUCUGGAAAGUAUCUCAGUAACUUUAAGGUGAAUGCAAGGACAAUAUUUUUGACAUUGUGGACAUGUGUUAUAAUUCAGACAUUUUACAGUUGGUAAUUAGUACAAGUACAAACACACAAGAAGCAUUUCUUCCUCUCCCUUCAAAACCAAAUAAAAGUGUCAAAGUGCUUCAGAUCAGAGUCCCUCAACUGUGAAUCCCUAUCCGCUCUUUCAGUUAAACCUUGCAAUCAUACUGAAAAACAGAGGUUGACAAACAAGAAAAAGUAACUAUGUACAAAUCAAAGUUACAAGAAUUGUGCGUAGUGAAAUCGUGGACAUAUCCAAAAUAUUCACCCAUCAAGGAUGGCCCUGAUCACAAUCCGCGCUUCAGAGCCUCAGUGUUCGUCAAUGGAGCCACCUUUGAUUCACCCACUUUCUGCAAGUCGGUGAAAGAGGCUCAGAAUAAAGCUGCUGAGGCGGCCUUGAUUCAUUUCAUCUCUCUGUCUUCUGCUCGCUUUCCAUACAGUCUACCUCCAGGCCAUGUAACCUCCGAAGAUGGAUUUAAGAUGAUGGAAACCAAUAAAAGUAUACUUCCUGCUGAAGCCAAAGAAGUCACCAAGAAAAAGCCAGAGUUAGAGAAACAAGAAGAGCACAAGAGCAAUACUUCCGUUGUGGUCAGAAGUUGCAAUUUCAAGACCUCACAGUCUGUUGCUAAUCUACAGGAAAGAGAGAUUGAAGCUUCCGAACUUGAUAUGAAUUCACUGUCCCUUGAAAAAUCUCCACAGGACACUGGACCUAAGUCAGCUCAAGGAGGGGCGGCUUCCGAAUCCAUAAAGCAUCCAAAGAUCAAUCCUGCAGAAGUUGGUUCUCCUUCUCUCAAGGGUGAAGGGAAAUUGAUGAGGGAAAAAGCUGAAAAAUCAUCUGAUUUGAAGAAGGAGAAAGAUCCUGAAGUGAGCAGUUACUUGCUUUCCAACCGCAUCAGAGUUUACUCGUAUGUUCCAGAAAUAGCUAAUCUUCCCAAGGGGGUAACUGUGCUGCAAGUUUGUGAGAACAAAUGGGUUGCUAUGAGCCUGGAUUUCCCAAACGAGAAAGGCAAAUAAUGUUUUAAUUGAUGAAUUACUUCAAUUUCUAUCUGGAUGGUGGAUAUUAAUUCGAAAAACCUUGUUUGACAAACAGCUGAUGGGAGAAAGGAAUAAGACUUGUUUGUAACUUUAUAUGGAGGACCAGGUUGUGUGAACCAUAUAUUCUGUUUUGAAUUGUUGGCUUUAAUUAUCUAUGUUUGUCACCUUGACUUAAGGCGAUGAAUGAAGCUAGUAUGUUUAUCCAGGAA